UGAGGGUAUAAAGAACAGGCGUAGUUUGAGAGAAGCGCUUCUGCUGCUCUGUGAGAGGUAAUAACCUCUUUGUUCUCGGGUAAUUCGCCAAGAAAGCUGCAGUUUUGAGGAGAUUUGUGAGAGAACGCAUUUUCCAUCACUAUGCCUGGGGUGAACCUGGACUUCCUUCCAGCUUCGCAGCCUGCAGAGUCUUUGGGCUCUCCAGAAAGUGCUUGUGCCGAGUCUGGCCUGGAGGAGGUGAUCGGUGAUCUGCUUGCCCCGGAGGAAACCAAGGAAGAGGACAACAAAGAGGAAGUGCAGUUUAGCGAGAAGAAGCUUGAGUUAAUGCUGCGAUGUGCUGUGAAGGAGAUCCACAGUGACCUGCAGGCUUUUGGGAAGAAAGUAGAUGUCCAGUUGGAGGAGGCAGCAGUCCAGAUGACUGGUUUACUGGAAGCCAUUUCCAGACUGCAGGAGGAGAACCUCCAGCUUAGAGCUGAGCAGGAACGGAUGGUGAGGCAUGUGGAGGCCCUCUGCCAAGUAACUGGACUGCCUGAUCGAAUCCUGCAGGAAGUCUGCUCUGUCCCACAUGAAACCAAAACUUCAUCCAACGACGAUGGCCCUCCAUGCACACUCAACAAGAGCACAGUUGAAUUUUCAUGCAAUGAUUCGACCUGCAUGUCCAGAGAUUCUCCAUCCGGCGUGCUACAGGAAGCAUCUGAUAUCUUGGUACUGUCAGAUCAAACUGUCGCCCAGGAUUUUGUUUCAAGCCCACUGGACUCGUCAGAGCCCUCAUCAACUUCUGUGACCCGCCGUUCGCUCUCUGCACCAUCUGUGAUGGCAACGAUGUCUCCUGACAGCAACACGAUGGAGACUGAACCCGUCGUUGCCUCGGAGCCAAUGUUUUCGGCCGGACCGUCCAUGAUAGUUGCGCGUCAAGUCCCCGCCAUCCCCAAUGGCUCCAGCACUCAGACGAAACUUGUAGAGAGCUCUGGAAAACUGACGGCCGAAAAACUCGCCGCCAUCGAGGAUGAGGAGCUCCUGGACAAGAUGCUCGAUGAGUCCAAAGAUUUCGAGGAGAGGAAGAUGAUCCGUGCCGCCAUGAGAGAUCUUCGCAAGAGAAAGAGAGAGGCCAUGCUGGGAUGUAGCCAGGAGGAAAUGGGUAUGACAGACCAAAGAGAGAAGGAGCGUGACACUCGUCUGCAGGAGCUGCGACUGCAGAGAGACGAGAGGGGACAGAAAGGUCGUGCUGGACCCGGAGCUGGGGAGGUGGUGAUGAGAAAGAUGGAAAAGUCAGCCGAUGGUUCAACCCUCAGCCAAGUGACUAAGACGAACCGUUUUGCUCAGUCUGAUGAUGGGAGCAAAUCAACACGCAGCACGGUUGUAGAGACCAGUUUUGUGCAGAAAACAGACAGGGGAACAGUCCAGUCAAAAUCAUACAGCUUCACCUCAUCCUCGUCCUCAAACACAAGCAAAAAAGUUGGCAGUGUUUUUGAUCGCGAGGACGACACGUCGCCUCGAGGCGGCAGCGGCGGUUUGUCUGCCAUCGAUCGACGGCAGGCAGAGAGGCGCAAGGAGCUGAUGAGGGCCCAGACGAUGCCCAAGGUGUCCGCCAUGCAGACUCGGAAAGCCAUGAUAGAGAAGCUGGAGAAGGAGGGCGGAGGCCCUGGAAACCAGGCAGUAGCCAAGAUAAACAAGGUGCAGCGCUCCACCAGCUUUGGUGUACCAAACGCAAACACCAUCAAGCAGAUGCUGCUUGACUGGUGUCGUGCCAAGACGCGCUCCUAUGAGCACGUGGACAUCCAGAACUUUUCUUCCAGCUGGAGUAACGGUAUGGCGUUUUGUGCCCUGGUGCACAAUUUCUUCCCUGACGCCUUUGACUACGACUCCCUGAGCCCCAGCAACCGGAGGCAAAACUUCGAGGUGGCCUUCAGCGCCGCAGAGACCUACGCCAACUGCAUGCCUUUGCUAGAAGUGGAGGACAUGAUGAUCAUGGGUAACAAACCGGACUCCAAAUGCGUCUUCACCUACGUGCAGUCUCUGGUGAACCACCUUCGCAGAUACGAGAUGUCCAUGGGCCGCCCCUGCGACCUCUGACCUGUGGCCAGCGGUCCUUCACAUCCCUGACGAACACGUCGGGGAUUUUCUGUGUGUUAGUGCCGUUUUGCUUCUAACAGGUGUUGGCGAUGCUUCAUUGUUCCUUCUUAAAACAAUCUUUGCUGACACGAAGUCUACCUCUUUAACAGAGAGAGGAUGCCUACAUGUUAAAAAUCUUUCAAGGUUUUUAAUUUUAUUUUCUGUGUUCAAACUGAGCUCACUGCAGAUUUCAGCUGUCAUUUCGCUGGCGUUAACACUCUCACAUCCCCACAAAAAAGAAUUGUUUAUACGAUAUCUCCUCUUUUAAUAUAACUAUACCCAUAUUUUUUUCCGCUGUAAUUUUUUCUGCCGUUCUGCUGGUAAAUCCACUGAAACAGCAAUAUCGUUUUCUUUCUGUCCUGAUACUCCCCCCCCAAUUUCUAACCAAACUCUGGUUGCUUUAAUUAUUUUUUAAAUUAUUUUUUUUUAGCUGAUAAGCAUAAUGAGUUUUAAUUAACAAGUACAGAAGUGUUCAUUUUUGCUUAUUUAAAUGAAUUCAUCAUUGUCAGAGGAAUCCUGUGCUAAAAAAGAAAAAAAACUUUCCUGCACAGAGCUGCUGAUAAAGUUGUCGUUCUGAAAUCAUUAAAAUGGGGAAGUUGGAGCCUGAUAUCUUGCAGCUGACUGAAAUCAUUUCUGACGGCUCACUGAUGGCGUAUUUAAAGAAAAACGACCACACUGUCGAUGACGACGUCCUGCUCAAGUCUGUCAAUUAGUUUAUUUAUGCUGAAACUGGUUUUAAUGCCAGUGUUUUAGUUUGUGCUUGAAGCCAUUAGGCCGUUAUCUUAAGUAUUUUAAUAAGCUGAAGUUCUUAUUUUUUUCUGUAAUGACCUGGGCUUGCUUCUCUGCCCAGCAUGGACACUAAUGCUGAAAACUUUACAUAAAGGUAAGAGAAGAUUUGUAUUGAGGAUUUUUAUUCUAAGGUUCUUUUAAGAGAAAAUUAUGAAAACUUGUUUUCAAGCUUGUUUUUUGGUGAAAAAAAAAAAAAAACUAUACAAAACAGUGAGCAUUGAGUGGGUUUGUGUAUAUAAGUGAAUGCUUACACACAUUGUAUAAUUUCAUGUUUUCUGUGCACUGCAGUAAAAUGUAAAUAACCAAUUAAACCAAUUUGAGAAAUGAA